AUGGAGGCGACGGCUUUGAGCGUAGGCAAGUCCGUGCUGGAUGUGGAUGGAGCGCUUGGCUACGCCAAAUCCGCUGCCGCGGAGGAGGGCGAGGGUCUUAGGGUGAUAGCGGUGUGGGGGACAGGUGGUGACCUUGCGCAGGCAUCCAUCAUCAGCGAAGCCUACGAGAACCCAGAUAUCAAGAACAAAUUUCCAUGGCAGGCAUCGGUAAAAUUACCCGCAUUGCCAUCGGUUACGACGUACCGGUUCCCUUCUUUUCUUUCCCGAGCGAUCCUUUCCCCAUCCAUCUCGCGUGCGCCUCCUCUCCCCUGCCCUCUCCGAGCAAGCCGCCGCCCGCUGCCCCUCGGGCCGCCCCCCGACGCGGACCCCGCCUCCGCCCGCCGCCCCCCGGACCGGCCACGCCGCGCCCCCAGACGCGCCCCCGCCGCCGCUCGUCGCCCCCCGGGCCGCCCCCCGACGCGGCCCCCGCCGCCGCCCGCCGCCCGGGGGCUCGACGACCUGGACCGCUCGCUGGCGUUGUCGCCGUUCCUGUCGCUGCCCUCGCUCCGGGCCGCCGCCGCCCGCCGCUUCCCCCAAUCGACCCCCAGCGCGCCAGCGCGCGUGGAUGCCUCCGCCCCCGCCUGCUCGCCUUCCAUCCGCGGCGCCGUCGGCCUCCCCAGCGGCCACGGGCGCUGGCCCCUCGCGCAAAACCUCCCCCACUCCGUUUUCCCCGGCGCGUGCGGGUUCCUUCGGCCUUCCCGGCGCACACGGGCGCCGUCCCCACCUGCUCGCCUUCGAUUCGCAGCCGCCGUUGGCAUCCCCCGCGGGUCGAGGAUGCCUCCGGCCUCCCCGGCGGGCACGGGCGCUGGCCCCUCGCGUGAAACCUCCCCCACUCCGUCGAUCCGAAGCAGAGAGCUCGCUCGUAGGGUUGAGUUCUGCGAUGCUCGGCUGGAGGUGACCACGGCGACGUCGGACGUCCGGAAAGGUCAAUGGCAUUGAGAAAAUCUGUCGCUUCUAAAUCAUGAGUGAAUAGAGCUAUAUAUCUUCCAGGUUCAGUCUUCAUGUUACCUUAUGUUUGGGUUUCAUAGUUAAUUGAUCGGGUACACGAUUUGAACAGCACCAUGAUCUCCCUAUGUGAAAUUUCAUCGCUAGGGUUUAGAAUUUCCUAGCCACCAUGAUCACUCUGAUCUGAUUCAAUUUGAUCUUAUUCAUGUAGCCAAAUAAGAUCCAUGGCAAAGCCAUAUAUCCACUUAUCCAGUCUCCAUCUUCCAUAAGGGUUAUUUGAACAAGGGGAAGUCCAAGGAGAUGACAGUCUUGUUGGCAAAUUGUCUUGUUGGCAAAUUCACACUUUCCCUAAAUAUUCUUACAGAAAUUUGAUUU